AUGGUCCGGGUCCUUCGCACAUCGGGGGAGUGGUGCAGGAUCUGCCACAACGUCUAUAGGCUGAGGUUCAAGAUGAAAUUCAAAAAGAACUUGAACAAGUUCAAGGCUGCCAUUGCAGAUACGAACCCGAAGAAGCAGAAGGACAGGGAGAGUUUCGAGAAGGCGAAGCUCGAAUACAUCCAUCUGAAGAGCGGGGGGAAGUCUCGCAUCGUGGCAUUGCAGGGCAGGGUGCUCGCCCGCCGGCGCCACAGCGUGACGGUGUUCUACGUUAUGAAGAAGUACACGUCGAAAUUCGGCAACCCGAAGGACACGAAGGCCCGGGUCGUCAACCUGAAGAUCCGCGGCAAGGGGAUGGUGAAGGGGGUCGUCGUGCGCGAGGAGGAGGACGGCGUCUUCCCCAUCAAGCGCUGCACGCACAUCGACUUCGACAGGGAGUACGUGCUGGACGACGGCAGCUGCGUGCUGGACGAGAAUCAGAUGGAGGACAUGCUCGACAUCGGCUCUGAUCUGGACGACGAGAACAUGGGGAAGGAUGUCAUGGAGGACGCUAACUGGGCGGGCGUCCCAUCUGGAGGGAUCCUGAGCAUCGAGGAGACCGCGGCGAGGGUGAAGGCCGCUGAGCUGGCGAGGGAGGCCAACGUAGUCCCUGGCGCUGACGCUGACGAUGACAGCUCGGGCUCGGGCUCAUCUGGGUCCUCAGGAGGGGACGGCGAGAAGGAGUCGGACACGGACUCUCGCUCGGCCAACAGUGACGACGAAGUGGGCACGGUCUGCCCCAGCAGGAAGAAGCCCAAGAUUGAGGCUUCAGCUUCAGCUUCGGUUCCCGCGACGCCGGCAGCCAAGGGGGUCAAGGGUGGCGCGUCGGCGGCAGCUUCAUCGGGGAAGAAGGCGGCGCCGAAACCUGACGGUGACGGCCCCGAGGAGGACGAUGAGGACGGCGAGAAGGAUGUCGAGGCUGACGCGGUGAUCGGCUCCCUGCAGAACAUUGUGAGCAGCUUCUCCGCCGGGGCUUUCGCGAACAAGGAUGGCAGGGCAGGGCAGGCCAGGGCGGCGCGCGAGCAGGCGGACCCACUCAAGGAUGUCACGAACAAGGUGGAGGCUGUCCUCAACGUGACCAAACUGGUGUCUAAAUUCCCCAAUGUCGACUUUGGCCAGCUGGAAUCCGCCUGGGCGGCCCUCAAGGUUCAAAACAUUUCAGUGCCGGCCAAAUUGGAGGCCAAGGUGACCCUGAAGUUCAUUGACACAAAAAUCAAUGGAGAUGCUGGAUGCGAUGACAUACUGCCGCUUAUCAGCCUCAAUGCGCCUUCCGGCACCCCGAAGCCUACCUGGGGCGUCUUUGCCAUCGGGGACGAAGGCUUGAAAGCGGAGACAUGCAGUGAGGCAGCUUGCAAAUUGUUCACCAAGUACUUCUCCUACAGGUUGCCCAAGGAGUUCAUGCCCAAGUUCAUCAGGGUGGCUUUCCCUCAGACCGUGGUGAGCGAGAUCGAGCUGGUGAAGAAGGUGAUGCUCUUGGACACAGUUGAGCCCAAGGCAGUGGAGGUCUGCGUGAAGGCCCAGAAAGAGAACAAGGCGGCGGAGCACAACAUUGUCAGGGCCUUUGCGAUUUCCAAGAUCGGCCGAGGCUACGUGAGGGACUCGGGGGGCAUGGCCAAGGAGAGCCUCAAGGACACGAUGUCCUUCGAAGAGCUCCAGCGGUUCGGUGUGACGGCCAGGGGGCUCCUGGAGAAACUGCAGUCGAUGCCGGAGGACCACCUCGAGGCCCGGCUCAAGCACGCGCAGUCCAACCUCGACCUCUUCAUCAGCAUUCGGGCCAAGCUGCCAGACAACAAGGCCCCGAGGCACAGGGCCGAGCUCGGGACAUCCUGCAACGAGAUCGAGAAGGCCAUCGUGAACGCCAUCAAGGUUGCCAUUGAGAACAUGGCCAAGUCCUGUCAGACGGAUGACGGGGAGAUGCAGCUGAGCAAGAAGGACUUGGAGACGUGCUCGGGCACGCUCCGGGCCGCGCUCGCCCUCUACACAAAGCUGGCCACGACGAUGAAAAUGGACGGCGUGACCGUGACGGAGGAGGCGGAGGUCGAGAAAGUCAAGGCGUUCUCGCUCGCGAUCGGUGCAGAGGUCCGCCGCCUCCAGCAAUUCCCGAACGGAUUCGAGGGCGUCGGGGCAAUGUUGAUCGUCUCGUUCGGCAACGAGCUCGUCGGCAAGUGCUCCAAGGAGGCGCUGCAGGCUGGCUUCGAUUUCUGCAAUGAGUUUUUCGAGGUGGCGGGAACGAGGGGAGCUUUGGUGAAACUCCAGGCCAACAUCGAUGAUUCCAGAGAUGGCGUGAUCAAUUUGAUCCGUGCAAGCAUCGCCCCAAAUGUGGUCAGCGCUCUCCCCUUGGCCGAAGGGUUCGAUGGGGCGCUCAUUGACAACGAUGGACAGAUGGAGGUCUCUCUGGUGACCAGGCUUAGCAAUCUCGACCAGUCCGAGGUGGUGACGACCAUAGACAACACCAAGAGCGUUAUCGCACUCCUGCGCAGGAUCAACGCCGCGCAGGAGGUCGAAGGGAUCGUCGAAGGGGCUCUCAUGGCCAGCAGUACGUUGGAACUCAUGAGUAUUUCCAUGCCUUGCAUCAUCGCGAUUGCGAAGUUAUCCCUUCUCGAGCUCACAGUUCCAAUCGUGCCAGCAGAAAUGGGUACUUCCGACGUCGCGCAGAUUGCCCUGCCGGCCUCCGAUGCCAUCGACAAGUUCUGGACAGCCUUCAACAAGGUGACCCUUGAGUUCAAAGCCUUGUCGGCAGACAUCAUUUCCAAGAUUGGGCCAGAUUCUCCAUUGCGGACCACGCUCGCGAAGUACGUCGAUCGGGUGUCGCAGGACGCGUUCACCAUCGGGAAAAUAAUUCAGGCCAAGGUGGAGGUGGACAGCAACGAGCUGCAGAACAUCACGCCCGACUUCAAGCCGUUCUACAAGAAGUUAGAUGAGCACUUCGAUUCCAUCAUAGACUUCCCUGAUCGGGAGAGGCUCAGCCACUUGGUCAAGGAGCUGAAUGGGGCUUCUGGGCUGGGCAUCAAAGCGUUCCAGCGGGCGUGCGACACGCUCGGCGGCACGGCCAUUCCAACCGACGACAUGCAGAAGAAACUUCACGAAGUGAAGGAGAUCCGCAAAAAGGCUCGGACUGCUGUGACCGUGCGGUCGGCCACGAUCAUCCUGAAGAAAAAGAAGAGCGCAGACGUGAAACAUUUUUUUGUCCAGGCGAGUAGCUUGGGCGUGACAGUGCCUGGCGAGCUGAAGAGCCGCUUGGAGGCACUGCAGAAGCAAUCCCUCAGCUCGGAGCUCGGCGAGGUCGUCACAGGUUGCGACGCCGCCACUGGCCACUGCCGCCGCGAGCCAAGAUCCAGCCCCGACCGCGGUGGCCAUCCUGAGCUCUGCGCGGCGCCCGCCAGGCGGCACCCCACACUGCUGGUGCUGGUCACGAAGCUUCACCUCGAGGCUGGGCGGCUCCGGUGCAAGCGGGUCGGUGAAGCGAUCUUCGGCCAACCCUUCUGGGGGCCCGUCUACGGGCAGGAACGCCUGCUCCGCGACUCGCCCAGCACGUCCGACGGCAGAUGGCUUGGCCGUCUCGGCCUCUGCUGGGGGCACGCCACGCGCCGGGCCCCGGGGGACCACAUCGACGCAGAGGGCGUACUGACCUUCAAGCUGGAGACAUUCGUCAACCUGAAGGUCUCCCAGUGGGACUGCAGCUGCCUCUCCGCAGAGCUCCCCUGCGCCGCCGUGGUCGGCAGCCCCUUCACCCCGGAGCUGAGGCGAGAUGGCUUCCCGUGGCCGAGGGACGACCCUCGCGGAGACUAUAUGGAGCUCGACCUAAAUUGCAACGUGGAGUACUACAUGGACCUGCGUAAGACUCUUGGCUUCAACGCGUUGGGGCUCCUUCUCUUCAUGCCCUUGUCUCGAGAUAUUACGAAGUACUACGUCGAGUGCCCGCUUCAGAACAACUCGGUGAUGACGCCUCAGUCGAGGCUGCUCUUCCUCGACCGCACGCACAUGCGCGACGAGGUCGAGCAGAAGGCCUUCCGCGCGGUGGCCGACGCGAUCCGCGACGAGAGCUUCCUGAAGCCCUGCGAGGUGGUGGUGGAGAGGAUGGCCGAGGAGCAGGAGGCGGAGGGGCCGAGGGGCACGGAGGCGUCCGCCGACCUGCCCGCGGACCUGCCCGCGGGCGCCCGGGCGCAGCAGCACAGGGCGAAGAAGCGCGAGAGCAGCGCGAAGCGGAAGCAGUCCCCCAAGCCGAAGCGGCCGCCGCAGCGGUCACCCGCGCCCCCCGGGGGUGCGAAGUCCCCCGCGCCACGCCCGAAGGCGUCCCCGAAGGCGGGCCAGCAGGCCGCCCGCACCGCCAGGGCUCCGGCGCACCGUGCCCGCAGCCCCGCCGGCGACUGGUGGAGCGGCGCGACGGAGGGCCGCCCGCAGGGCGGGGGCAGCUGGAAGGGCGGCGGCGCGGGCGCUGGCGCGGGCGGCAGGGGCCAGGGCCGGCAGCAGAGCCGGCCUCGCUCGCAGAGCCGCCGCGGCAAGGCGGCGGGCCACAGGGACCGGGGCGGCUGGGCCCCGGAGCAGCAGCCCCGCCAGCAGCAGGCGUAUCCGGCCAUGCCGCCUGGCAACCAGGGCGUGGUCAUGCCGAUGCCCCCGAUGGCUGGAUACCCCGCGCCCCAUGGACAGUUCCAGGGCAACGAGGUUCCAGGGCACUGGGCACCGCCGCCGGCGUACCCGAGGCAGCAGGCAUUUGGCGUGCAAUUUGCUCAGAACCCCCUCGCCCGGUGCCGUGGAAGCCAGUUGCCCUCGAGGCGAAGCUACUGGGGCCGGAUCGGGGCACCGAGACCUCUGGGAUACGCUUUCGUGGACGUCAUCAUCGAGUACGACUCGGAAUACGCGGCCGGUGUGCGGCUGGCGCUGCUGGCGCUGUCGGGGGUCGAGCGAGGGCUGCCCUGCAUCCUCGGGGGGCCGGGCGGGCGGGGGCCGUGCGGUCGCCUCGCCUCCGGGCUCACGCCGGCCUGA